GGUUCACCUCGGGGUCAGCACUGCACGGCCGGUGGCCGGCGGCCCGCGGCAGUCGGAGUCAUGAACAAGUCGCACCUGCCCGGCUUCGGCCUCGAGAUCAAGGAGAUCAAGUAUGAGAACUUCCUGGACUGGUUCGUCGCUCUGCGGCCCAUCAGCGAGGCCUGGGAGGCGCAGCCCACCUUCCUGCUCUCCGAGUACGCCUACUUCGCGCUGGCGAUUCUCACUCUAUCUCACUCAUUUUACCUGGGCGGACGCUGGCCCUACAUGUGGCUUGGCUCCCUGAUCCACGGCCUAGUGAUCGAAAACAUCUCCAUGAACAUCCCCGACAUCGAGAACUACUGGCAGUCGCAGACGACCAUCGUCUUUCUGGGGCGGAAGAUGCCCCUACAUAUCAUGCUGAUCUAUCCGGUGAUGGAGUAUCCCGCCCACUACGCCGUGGCCCACCUCCGGCUGCCCCGCUACGCGCAGGCUCUCAUGGCCGGUCUGCUGGAGGUGCUGAUGGACCUGCCGUACGACAUCAUGUGCGUGCGCUUCCUGCACUGGACCUGGCACGACACCGACCCCAACAUCUACGACCGCCACUACUGGGUGCCGUGGAACUCGUACUACUUCCACCUAUCGUUCGGCGUAUCGUUCUACUUCUUUCUGCAGCUGUGGAGGCGCGUGUUCACCGGCGACGACUCACACGGCCACCACGGAGGGUUCGGUCGGGAGCUGCUCUGCGCCCUGAUGGCCGGCGUGUGCGGCAUGCCCGGCGGGGUGCUGCAGUUCCUGCCGCUCUACCACCCGCUGCACGACCUGUGCGGCGUGCACUCAGAGAACACGUUGCUGAUGAUCGCCGCCCUGUAUGCGCUGCUGGUGUGGUGCGCCGACCGACGCGCCGACGACGGCUCCCGACCCCGGCCAGGCCAAACGAAUCGCCCAUACUUGAUCACAUUCUGCUUGCUGCUGCACUAUUCGGUGUACUGGUGCAUGGCCGUAUUCUUCAACCCGGAGGACGAGGUUUCCAUAGGCCUCCACGAGAAGGUCGGCCCAUGUGACGUGUACCAGGACGUCCACACCGCUUUCGGCAUGACCCUGAAGAAGCGCAAGUACCUCUGCGCCACCGACUACGACGAGGGCUACUUCGACUUCCACUGCCUGCCGGACGGCCGGCGGCCUGCGCACGGCGCCCGCUGGUACACCGCCUGCGGCGUGCCCUUCACCAACCGCGCCGAGUACGUCUCCAUGGUGUCGGCCGUCUGCGUGUUCGCGCUGCUCGUGUUCUACCAGUGUCUGUUCCGCUCGGGGCCGCAGGUGCAGCCGGCGCGACAGCAGAAGAUGAAGCGGUUCUGAGGCGCGCGGGCUGACGCCGCCGGUCAAUACACGACGCCAGGUCGCG